GUCGAUAAGAAAGAACUACCUUUUACUCUUCUAUUAUCACGCGAAACUUUUUUCAGCUCAUAUAAUGUUAUUGAAACGGAAAUGCAAAUAUGGAUGCGUCACAAUUCGUUCUUUUUUGUUCCAUUAUACAAUUUGCGAAAAUUAAUAACACUAUUUCACGACAUCAUGAUUGAUGAACCAUGUGAUUUUUUUCAUUUUAUAUAGACAAAAAAUACACAGAAGCUAACAAAAUAUUCCUUGUAACAAAGUGAAGUCACGCCUAAAAUAAGUAUAAAUAUACAGACAAAUAUGUAAAUAUAACUAAAGGAAUAUUUUUACAAAUUUAGUAUAAAGGGACACAUUAUGUUUUUGCAAGUUGAGUGAUGGAAAUUUUAAGGUCAAAUGAAGUGGAAUCAUAUAUUCUUCAUGAUAUUUGUUGAGACAAACUCAACUCAUAUUCUACACAAAUUUUAAAAUUGGGAUAACAUUUUGAAUAAAUGGAUAUAAAUAGAUAAUAAUAAUAUUUCUGAAUUAAUAAUAGUAAGAAACAUGCUGAUCGAACAAGAAAAUAUUUCAAAGUAUUCCGAUAUUUUGGAGAAACAUCUUUCACUAUUAGAUUGUGAUGUUUCUCAAAUUUUUUCGGAUACUUUAAAUUUAGAAUGUAUAAGAUUAUCAACAGAAAUCGUCAAGAAAAUUCCAUGUAAGUUGACAUAUGAAAACUGGAAUUUUAUUCUGACUUCUUUAGUCCUGCGGUGACAUUCUAUUAGAAUGUCAAAACUGAUUUUAAGGCAUUUACACUGAUGGUAGCGCAUGUGUCAAUUAUAUCAUGCGGUUCAAAAUUUAAUUGACAAACAUGAUCAUAAAAAAAUAGCAAUAAUAUCACCAAAAAUAUUGAUUGAAUGGAAGAAUAUUUUUAUCAGUGAUAUUCAAAAUGGAAUUUUGGAUCCUUUGUGCAGAUUAUACGAUACUGUAACUUUUCCACCACAUUCUGAUACUUAUAUUUAUACCAUUGGGUAUCUAGUAUCAUGGGCUAUCAUUUUAGACAUGUGUGCAAACGCUUAUGAAGAUUUGCUACAUAUAUAUGCUGAAAUACUCAAGAUAAAUCAAUACAUGAUGGACUUGUAUCAUGGAAAAAAAAGUUGGAUAAAAAAUUCGCUGGUGUGGAAGAAUGUUGCAUAUGUAUAGUAUUUUUUACACGACAUAUCAAAUACCAAAAUUAUCUUGUGAUACAUGCCGCAAGAAAUUUCAUGCUGCAUUACAAGCGGUUCCAUAUAAAUCAAAAAUCCACGUGUCCGAUGUGUAGGAAUACAUUUUAAUUUAUAAGUUAUACUAUAUAAUUUAAGUUAUACUAUAUUAAGAAUUUCUACUUUUAUUUAACUUGAUAAAUAUUUGAUAAAAUGAUUUGACCAAAUUCUUAGUAUAAAUAGUAUAACAUAGUAAAAUCUGUACAUAUAUUAAACUUACGCAUUUCUUGUAUAUAAUUAUAAAUUUAUCCGUACAUAGUAAAAUUUACCUGUAGAAAUUUAUCUCUAGAUUUACGGGCAUUUUUUAUAUACCUAUUUCUACGUCAAACUGACACUCUUAGAGAUAGGUAUACAAAAUUCUAAAAUUAGAAAUUUGAGAAAAUAAUUUGUAUUAUUUUAUUAAUAAAAGUCAGCAAAAAUUGCCAGAAUAAGAUUACUAUAAAAAUUUUUUAAAUUUUACUCAUAAAGCAAAUGGACGAAUGUCGUAAUCUAGUGUUAACGAAAGAAUGUUUUAUAAGUUUUUAUAAGAAUUAGUUUUGUGUAAAUUUAUAAGUUUUUAUAAGAAUUAGUUUUGUGUAAAUUCUAUAAAUUUUCUGUCCAUUUGUAUAAAUUUUUUGUAAAUUAUGUACAGAAAGAACAAUAAAUUUAAAUCUAUAAAGAA